GAGCUCAGCAAGCUUUCUCUUCCAGUCUCUUUAUCAGCAUCAUUCUGUGAUUUGGUAGCUGACAGCAACGAUAGCAUUCAUGGCCUAUAAGCACAGGAUUUCAACCCUGCACUGGUGUCUGUGAUAGCUAGGAGUUGAUACUCAUCAUCGUUCCUACUGAAUUCAUAUGUGAUAACUGGCCCCUGCUUUCCUGUGUCUUUCAGGACCUUUGGAGAUUGAGGAAUGCAAUUCUGCCACCAUGAUGGAAGGAUUGAAAAAACGUACAAGGAAGGCUUUUGGUAUACGGAAGAAAGAAAGAGACACUGACUCAACGGGUUCGCCAGACCGAGAUGGAACUAAGAAAAGUAAUGGUGCUCCAAAUGGAUUUUAUGCAGAAAUCGACUGGGAGCGAUAUAAUUCCCCAGAAGUCGAUGAUGAAGGUUACAGUAUCAGACCAGAUGACAAAUCAGGUUCUACCAAAGAGAAACACUUUUAUUCGUCAAGUGAGUCUGAAUCAGAGGAAGACACGCGGCGAAAAUUCAACAUUAAGAUUAGACCUCUCCAGGCUAAAGAUUCUAUCAUGUGUGUGGCAGCGUCAGUGGAUGAGCUGAAGGCUUCUGUGGGAAACAUUUCUCUGUCACCUUCACCAAUGAGGCGCAGUCCAGCAGUUAUCAAAAGGAAUUUAUCCAGUGAAGAAAUAGCUCGACCAAGACGGUCAACACCCACUUCAGAAGUUGUCGGUAAGAAGGGGUCAGAGGAUACAGCAUCUCUGAUUCCACUCUUUGGCCCACCAUUGGAGUCUGCUUUUGAAGGCAUAAAAUCAGAAGCUGUCAUUGAUCAACCCGAGAUCUGGGGGCCAUUCCAAGCCAUUGAUUCCGAAAGACAGUCAUCUUUGUCAACACGAUCAUUUCCUAUUGGAACUCCCCCACCACUUCCUCCAAAAAAUGUUCCAGCUACCCCACCUCGCACAGGGUCACCAUCAGCAGAAGGUUCAGACCGCACAAUUCUGAAAGGCACCAAGUCAGACCUUGAUGCAGCAACGCAGCAACCUUUACCGAAUUCAGCCCAUGGGACUGUAGGGAGUGACCAGGGCAAAGCAGAGCCCCAGCCAGACAAACUGUUGUCUAUCAGUGACCUGGAUGAUAUUUUUGGCCCAGUUAUAUCUCACAGAUCUGGAGUUAUCCUGGCGAAGAACAAGUGGAUCGAUUUCUCUGAUCAACCUUCUAGAAAUGAGGUCUCACCAGUGGCUCUGGGUGAAAACAGGUCCCUUGAUGCUCCUCCGAGUGUUUCUGUGCCUCUAGACCAUGAUGGGAGUGAGAAAAAAAGUUCCGAGCAGGUUUUGGUCAAGAGUGAAAAGAGCGAGUCGUCCUCCUCCCUGAAAGAGCUCACUUUGGGACAAAAGACCACGCCCCCUCCCCCUCCACCACCUACCUACAGAACAGUGGUAUCUUCUCCAGGACCCAGUUCAGGCAGUGGCGUGUCCAACAGCAGUGGUUCUUCAUCUCCUGCCCGUCCAGCAACACCAUUGGGCAUCACCAGUAACACUCCUCCUCCUCCACCACCUCGCCCUCCAUCACGGCCUAAACUGCCUCCUGGAAAGCCUAGUGUUACCGACAUGUCCAGGUCUUUUAGUCCUCCAAUACAUUCAUCUAGUCCUCCACCGGUAGCACCACUAGCUCGCGCAGAAAGCACUUCUUCCAUAUCGUCAACUAACUCACUGAGUGCAGCCACCACCCCUACAGUCGAGAAUGAUCAACCCUCCUUGGUAUGGUUUGAUAGAGGAAAGUUUUAUUUAACUUUUGAUGGGGCUUCCCGAGGUCCCAGCCCCUUGACCAUGGGUGCACAGGAUACACUCCCUGUUGCCGCAGCCUUUACAGAAACCGUCAAUGCUUACUUCAAGGGAGCAGACCCAAGCAAGUGUAUUGUGAAAAUUACAGGAGAAAUGGUUUUAUCAUUUCCAGCUGGCAUCACCAGGCAUUUUGCCAAUAACCAGUGCCCUGCAAUUCUCACAUUCUGCAUAACAAACUGCAGCAGGUUGGAACACAUCCUGCCAAACCCACAACUUCUCUGCAGUAACACUUCGCAAGGUGAUGCCAAUACAAGAGAAUUCUGGGUAAACAUGCCAAAUCUAAUGAUUCAUUUAAAGAAAGUGGCUGAACAGAAACCAUCAGCCACAUAUUAUAAUGUGGAUAUGCUAAAGUAUCAGGUCUCUUCACAGGGUAUUCAGUCCACACCAUUGAACCUAGCAGUGAGCUGGCGCUGUGAACCCACCAGCACUGAUCUUCGAAUAGAUUAUAAGUAUAAUGCCGAGGCAAUGGUUACACCUGUCGCUCUCAAUAAUGUCCAGUUCCUCACUCCUGUAGAUGGAGGAGUGGCAAAAGUACAGGCUGUACUUCCACCUGCUGCAUGGAAUGCUGAACAACAUAGGAUACUUUGGAAGAUCCCAGAUAUAUCACAGAAAUCAGAAAAUGGAGGUGUUGGAUCUCUCCUAGCCAGAUUUCAGCUGUCAGAAGGACCAAGUAAGCCUGCGACAUUAGCAGUCCAAUUCACCAGCGAAGGGAGCACUUUGUCAGGCGUUGAUAUUGAAUUGGUUGGGGCAGGAUAUAGAUUUUCACUCAUCAAAAAGAGAUUUGCAGCAGGGAAAUACAUGGCUGACAACUGAAUUCUCACAACUUUGUCCAGUGUUCACUAUAACUCACUGGACAGCUUUUUAAAAACAAACAGGAGAUGUUAAGGACUGAAUCUGUAAACCAACUUUUAUUCACUGAUUUCAAACAUCGGUUCCAUGCAGCCAGAGCAUUUCCAACAAGAACUCAGAAUAACACCAGAAAUUGCCGACCAGUCCUGCAGUAUUAUUAUAUGAUUGAUGUGACAUUGGUAACAUUUCGUAUUUUACAGUGUAAUAAAUGUAUUUGUAAUUUGGUAUUCACUUCUUCCCCACACUCUUCACUUCAGAUACCCCUGUAUUUCAGCAGUUAUAGGCAUUUCAGAGAUAUCACAAUUAACCUAUAGGCUAUGCCUCUUCAAACAUGUAGCAUUGUAUUUGACUUGAGUAGCAUUGUCUAAGAACUACAUUGCAUUAUUUCAAUUUUUAGCCCUUUGAUCUACCAGUAUUGAUGCUGAUUGUUUUCAGAUUUUUAAUUACUUUUUUUUACUGUUCACAAACAUAUAUAUUUUUGAUGUUGAAAACCUGCCCUGGGAUUUCCCAAUUAGUGAAUAAGAAUCAUUUUGCAAUGCAAUGCUAUGUUUUAAAAGAAUGUCCUGUACAGUUUGAGAGAGGAGUGUGCAAUAUGGUUAUGUAAUUAUCUUGUUUAUGCAUUGUGGGGAGGAAAGAGUGGCUGUUAAGAUUUCAGAUGGAAUGAAAUCCAUUAAUACUGGAUUUUAUAAUAAAAACUGCAAAGGAGGUCAGUCAGCAUCUGAGAAAGAGGUUAACAUUCAGACAGGAGUCAAUGCACAGGGUGCCACAGGGUAUAUUAAUCUUUGGCAGGAGACUAACUCUCUGAGUAGUUCAAAUCUUAAUGCUGGCUGUCUGGAAUGCUAUGUCACCUUCAUGUCAGUGCUAAAAGUUAUACACGUAACUGUGAAUAAUGGUUCUAGCAGCUUCUUAAAAAGACAUUUAUUUUGCUUCAGUAAUGUAGCUGAAAUUUUAUAUAAUAAAAAUGAAAUUAUUUAAAAGCAGAAAAAAGGUCGCAAAGCGAAAGAAGAGUGGAUAAAUUACCAUCUUGAAUUUCAUUUUCAAAGUUCCAUCAAACACCCACAGCUGUUUUUAUAUUAUCAGUUAUAAAUCGGUUUUGCAUUGAUGUAUUUGCUGAUGAAACACUGUGUAAUGCUUUUUAAAGGAGUCUAUCUGAAAAACCGAGGAUAUUUAUCACUUAAAAUAGCUUGGAAUGUUUAAAGGAAUAUUCUCUCCCUAACCCACUGCCCCAGCAAAAUAUUGCUGAACCUGGUACUUUCAAUAUUGAUGGUUCUUGAAUCUUUGGUGCAGUGCUGUACAAAGUGUGUGGAUAUAAAAUGUAAAGAAAUUAACCGUUUGCACAUUUGCUACUGAACAUAUCUCCAACUCUGUUCACUGAGUGAUACUAAAGAACAUGUAAAACACAGUGAAAUAUUUUUGAAAGAGAAGAUCAAACGAAUGUUGGUAAAAGAUUAUUGGUGAUACAUAUAAUUAGCUCAUAUUUAUCAUCAAAUGUCAAUAGCACUUGCUGCUGUUGGUGACAAUGUAUGAAUGAGAAAACAGGAGUGAUGCUGCCAGUGAUGAUAGCACCUGCAACUCCUUUCUCAGAUAGCAGCCUCACCUCAAAUGAAAGUUUAAAUACAGGGGAUUCAACAUAUGCGAUACCAAGAAAACAGUGACUCCAGGCAGACCAAAACAGUAAGGGAAUGCAGUGUUCCUGAGCAGCAAUUCCAUUCCUGAUGAUCAAACCACUUUUCCUCAACAUCAGUUCAAAAAAAGUCAAUUUGUAAUUUUAAAGAACUCGCAUGUGCAAUUACAUCCAGAUAUGUGCUACUUUUAAAGUCAACCCACCUACCGGAGAAAGUGUUCUGGAAUAUAAGUAACCUAACUGCUAUAUUUGGAACUGGGAGUUGGUUUUAAAUUAAUCAUAACUUGGUGCAGUGUGGUAUUGCUUUUCAUACCUCCCUCAGUGCUAAUGACAAAGUAGGUUUAGCUGUCAAUGACAUGUCGAUGACUCAACAAUCCACUUUGGACUUAAUUGAACUGUCGGUCAAAUGAUGAGAAUUGUCUUUUAGGGGUAUUGCAGGGCCAUUCCAGACAGCUGCUGUGCACGAUGAAUGUACUUACAAGGAUUUGAGAAAAAUAAUUAGAUCUGACCAAUUCAUUUUGCCUCAGAUUAGUUUGUUGACACUUCAGUGGCAUCCAGGGUAAAGACACUACUGGCUGUAAAAGUGCAUGUGCAGACCAUAAAGUGGAAGGUUUCUUUCCUGACCUGUGAGAGGUGAUCUGAAGUCAGCAACAGUUGAAGAGCUACUAUCAGCCUUAGCAUCCCUUGGAGGGAAGAAAAAUGGCCAGGUAUCCCAUCCCUGAUUACAAAGCAGUGGCUCCUAAUGGACAGAGCUUAUGUCAUACUAUUCACAGCUGAAUAACUUAUCAAAACCAAUUGUCAGGGAACAUAUUAACACAAACACACACAAAGGUUAAGUACUUGGGGUGAAGUACUGAAAGGCUUUUAGGCCUAUGCAGCCAUAUCCCAACAGGAGUCAACUCUUUCAGAAAAGAGCAAGAAUAUUGGAACAAAAAUAAGAAAUAGCUGUACUCAUCUUGCGUGCUAUUUUGUAAAUACCUUUUUUUAUAUAUACAUAUAUACAAAUAUAUAUGUCAUUUUCCUCAGUGGCUGUUUUCCCUGUUGGUUCAUUGCACAUAAUUAUGAAUAUGCAAUUAUGUUUUAAUGUAUUAUGUAGUAAAGAAAUGGUCUGGCCAUUUAUAAAUCAAAUUCUAAA